AUGGAAGUCUCCACGAUUAAAAGCUCGAGUAGGAGCGCGACAGUCCAGUGCGGCCAUGCCCCAUAGCUCAUCGAGCACCGAACACUCCUGCACCACCAUUCGCGACUACAUUUGACGCAUGACAGAUGAAAUAUCCCUGUUUGCGCUCCAUCACUGUACACUGCAAUCAAAUUCAACUGUCAA